AUGGCGACGCUGAACGUGCGCGAUCUGAACAACACGCGCAAGGCUCAAAUGGAGCUGGUCUUCUUCAAUCGUGUGCCCAAAGUGGGCAGCCAGACAUUUAUGGAGCUGCUGCGCCGGCUGUCGGAGCGCAACAACUUUCAGUUUCAUCGCGAUGCCGUCCAGAAGGUGGAGACCAUACGCCUGGCCGAGGACCAGCAGCAGGAAAUGGCCGAGGUGAUCAGCGAGCUGCCCGAGCCGUCCGUCUUCAUCAAGCACGUCUGCUUCACCAACUUUACCAAGUUCAAUCUGCCCACGCCCAUUUAUCUGAAUGUGGUGCGCGAUCCGGUGGAGCGUGUGAUAAGCUGGUUCUACUAUGUGCGCGCCCCCUGGUAUUUCGUGGAGCGCAAGGCCGCCUUUCCCGACCUGCCCCUGCCGCAUCCCGCCUGGCUGAAGAAGGACUUCGAGACCUGCGUGCUCAGCGGCGAUCAGGAGUGCACCUACACCCAGGGUGUGACGGUGGAGGGCAUUGGGGAUCAUCGACGCCAGAGUUUGUUCUUCUGCGGCCACGACUACGAGUGCACACCUUUCAAUACGGUGGGCGCUUUGGAGCGCGCCAAGUUUGCCGUGGAGCAGCAAUAUGCCGUGGUUGGCGUCCUGGAGGACUUCAAUACAACGCUCUCUGUGCUGGAGAAAUAUGUGCCACGCUUCUUUGAGGGUGUGCGUGAUAUCUAUGCGACUAGCGCCGAGUAUCUGACCAAGAUCAACAAAAACAACUUCAAGCCGCCCGUGAGCGAGCACGUCAAGGAUAUUGUACGCCGUAAUUUCACCAACGAAAUCGAGUUCUAUCAAUUCUGUCGCCAGCGACUGCACAAACAAUAUCUGGCCGCCCAUUUGCCCCAGCGCAUUGUGACGGCCCAUUCAGAAGCAUUGGAGCGCAAUUGA